AUGAGUGAUGAAAAAUACCAGAGGCCAAGUAAACCCCCUCCCAGCUACUCAACCGGAGGGGACAGCAACAUGGGGCAGACGUCAGAAAUGUCAGGUUCGGGACAGGCCGCUUAUUACCAGCACGAGCCUAAUACCGGUCAACAGCCGCAGGGCGGGCAGGGCGCGCAGCAGCCAGGGCAGCCUCAGUUUCGUCAGGACCAGUACUAUAAUCUGAACUCGAAGAGCGACGGGGCGCCAAUAGAAAGUUUUGCGGAAGCUUUUCCAACUGAGAACGACAAUAAGCCCAAAUUCAAUGAUUGGCCCUUCACGGUUUUUUUCAUUUUGACAGUGUGUGCGUUUAUUGUCAUUUCCUCGAUAACUUUAAGAGCGUGGGCUCAGACCUAUUCAAGCAACGGUGCGGGAAUCUACUCUGAUUACAAUACGGGGACAAUGAAUACCAAUUCAGCUAUUUUGUUAGUUUUUGCUGCGGUAAUUGCACUUGUGAUAGCUUUCUGUGGUUUCGUGUUGUGCCGAAUGUUCCCUAAAUUUUUCAUCUAUUGCGGUAUGAUAGUGAACAUUGUAGCAGGUUUGGGGACUGCGGUUAUGUAUCUGUCAUUGAGAUAUUGGUCGGCCGGAAUUGUUUUCCUUGUUUUCACGGCGAUUACGGCAUUGUGCUACUGGGGGAUGAGAUCAAGAAUUCCACUUAGCGUUGCAAUUUUGAAAACGGUGAUUGAUGCAAUGAAAAAAUGUCCCCAAACAAUGUUUGUCUCAUUUGUGGGAACUUUAUUUGCGACAGGUUUUUCUGUUUUAUUUUCUCUUGUGCUUGUCGCAACCUACAUCAAAUAUGAUCCAAAAAGCUCAAACGAAGGUUGUCAAGUUAGUGGAGGUGGCUGUUCAAAUUCUAAACUCAUUGGUAUCCUUGUCUUGGUUUUCUUUUGUGGAUUUUACAUUAGUGAGGUCAUAAGAAAUGUUAUUCAUUGUACAGUUUCAGGUGUUUUCGGUUGCUGGUAUUAUAUGUCAAAAUCAGAUCAGGGAAUGCCGAGGUGGCCAGCUUUUGGAUCUUUGAAAAGAUCUCUAACUUAUUCUUUCGGAUCGAUUUGCUUCGGGUCGUUAGUGGUUUCACUUAUUGAAACUUUGAGGACCGUUAUAAAUAUAAUAAGACAAAGUGUCACUGCAAAUGGGAAUGGUGGAAUUGCAGCGCAAAUUGGAUUUAUGAUUUUGGGUUGGCUUAUUGGUUUUUUAAAAUGGUUAGCCUCUUAUUUCAAUCAUUACGCCUAUUGUUUCAUUGCACUUUACGGUAAACCAUAUCUGAGAGCUGCAAAGGAAACGUGGUAUAUGCUGAGAGAAAAAGGUAUCGACGCAUUAAUAAAUGACAAUUUAAUCAACAUUGCUUUGGGUUUAUAUUCCAUGUUUGCAAGCUAUCUCACUGCAUUAUUUGCAUUUUUAUUUUUGAGAUUCACAAAUCCUUCAUACAACUCAACUGGUGGGUUUAACGCUCCUUUGAUUGCCUUUUCGUUUCUACUCGCUUUACAGAUCACGAAUAUCGCAAACGAAACCAUUAGAUCGGGCACUGCCACGUUUUUCGUAGCAUUGGGCAACGAUCCAGAAGUUUUUCAUGCAUCUUAUCCAGACAGAUUCGAUGAAAUAUUCAAGGCUUAUCCUGAUGUCUUGAAGAAGUUGAGCCAUCACAAUGUUUGA